AGCCGGUCAUGUGACUGUUCUCCGGUCAUGUGACUUCUUCCAGUCACCGUGACUCUGCUGCAGCUCUACACUUCAACAAUGGGCCCGUUCCAAGCAGCCUCAAGUUUGUUGGUUUUCCUCGCUAUCGUGGUGAAUAAUGGCCUGUCCGUCCCCAUGGAGAGCAGAGAAUCCUGGGACUAUGUGGAAGUGAGAGACGGAGCCCACAUGUUCUGGUGGCUUUAUUAUGCUGACAGUCCCUCUGCUCACUACCAGGACCUUCCUCUGGUCAUGUGGCUGCAGGGGGGCCCUGGAGGAUCUGGAAGCGGCUUUGGAAACUUUGAGGAGAUCGGACCGUUGAAGAGGAAUCUGGAGCCCAGAAAAACGAGCUGGGUCCAGGCAGCCAGUGUGUUGUUCGUUGACAACCCUGUGGGCACCGGAUUCAGCUACACUGAGAGACCAGAUGGCUACGCUACCGAUGUGGACACUGUGGCCUCAGACAUGCUGGUGCUGCUCAAGCAUUUCUUCAAAGAGAAGGACGAGUUCCAGAACAUCCCCUUCUACAUUUUCUCUGAGUCGUAUGGAGGGAAGAUGGCAGCUGCUAUCUCCCUGGAGCUCACAAAGGCCAUAGCCCAAGGAGCAGUGAAAUGCAACUUUGCUGGUGUGGCUCUUGGAGACUCGUGGAUUUCCCCACUGGACUCCGUCAUGACGUGGGGACCCUACCUCUACACCACAUCGCUGCUGGAUGACUACGGCCUGGCGGAUGUCAACUCUGCAGCAGAGGCUGUGAAGCAAGCAGUGGAGCAGCAGCAGUUCAGUAAAGCCACCGAGCUGUGGUCUAUGGCCGAGACGGUGGUGGAGCAGAACACCAACGGAGUGAACUUCUACAACAUCCUCACCCAAGGAUCAGAUGAGGAAUCCGUCUUAUCUGCAGGAAAGGACCCCAUUGCUCUGCAGGCUCAGCGCCACAUUGGUCGCCUCCAUACCAGAUCGCUGAGUGAACUGAUGAACGGACCAAUCAGGAAGAAGCUGCGCAUCAUCCCGCAGAACGUCACCUGGGGAGGUCAGGCAGAAGAGGUGUUCUCCAACAUGGCUGGAGAUUUUAUGAAGCCAGUGGUGGACGUAGUGGAUCUGCUGUUGAACGCUGGAGUCAACGUCACCGUUUAUAACGGACAGCUGGACCUCAUAGUGGACACCAUGGGUCAGGAGAUGUGGGUGAAACGGCUGCAGUGGAAGGGGCUUCCCGGCUUUAACCAGCUGAGAUGGACGCCUCUGGAUGACCCGGCCUCCCCGGGCAUCACCGGAGCUUUCUACAAGAGCUACAAGAACUUUGCCUUCUAUUGGAUCCUCAAAGCUGGUCACAUGAUUCCCUCAGACCAGGGACCGAUGGCCCUGCAGAUGCUGAAGAUGAUCACUCAGCAGGACUGAUCCAUCACUCUGACGCCAGCUGGCAUGGCUCUGACAAUCACAGUGAUCACAUGCUGCUUUUCACCUUUUCUCACCCUGCUAUACCAAAUUAACAUUCUUGGUUGAUUUCAAUAUGUUUUUUUAAAAUUUCUGCCAUAAGACGAAUAAAGAUGUGCUUUGUGUUUUUGUAA